AAUAAUCAGACCUAAUAAAUUAACCAAGUCAAAGUUGCAUAGAUUGAUCAGGUUGGGCGUUGUUCGUUCCAAACCAGCAUAACUGUGUUGAUCACCAUUUUUCUCCUUUUUAUUUUGUUUCAUCUUGUUUUCUAAACAUAAAAAUAUCACAGCUUGAUGGUUUAAGAAUAUUUAUCCCCUCGGGUGUGGUACAAGAGAAUCGAGUUUGAAUUUUUGUAGAGGUCGGUUUUUAAAUGUUUAUAAAUUGUGUUCUGAAAUUAUUGGAUAGGCAAAUCAGAGAAGAAGACCGUCUAUCUCAUCUUCGGAUUAGUGGACACCGAAAAAAGUUCAAUGUCUUCCAGCCAUGCUUACUCUAAAAGGUUGAGUUCAUACCAUUGCUAAAGAGCCACAUUCUUCUGAUUGACCAAAUAAGCCUUCGGACGCGCUCAUCACCCUUUUCAAAACAAUGAACACCUAUCAAACAAUUCCAUUCACCAUGCAUCUCGAUUAAGAUCAUGCAAAAACAGGAAAAUGCUGUUUUAUUAUCAAUUUAGACUUUCUUCCUCCGCGUCUCCUUUUCCCAUCCGAGGCUAUUGAACGGAAAUCCACAUGAUGCUCAGACUCUAUAUAUAACAAGAGCAUCACAUUACAGAGUAAAGAAAACGAGCAGGAAGAAGGAGAUCGAUGGCUUCCAAAGCUCUGGUGUUUUUGUUGCUCCUCCUCCCUCUGGCUCUGUUUUCUGUCUUCUCAGGCAGUGCAGAAGCACAAGGCUUGACCGUUGGGUUCUACAACACCACCUGCCCCGACGCUGAAACGAUUGUGUACAAUGAGAUGAGCGAAAUCAUCAAGAAUGCACCGAGUCUGGCUGCGGCUCUGCUCAGGAUGCACUUCCAUGAUUGCUUCGUCAGGGGUUGCGAUGCUUCGAUUUUACUGAAUGGAAGUGAAACCGAGAAGGCUGCAUUUCCAAAUCUCUCCGUCAGAGGAUUCGGCGUCAUUGACAGGGUCAAAGCUAAGCUCGAGCAAGCUUGUCCGGCGACUGUUUCCUGUGCAGAUAUCCUGGCACUGGCGGCGAGAGAUGCCGUCACCUUGACGAAUGGCCCUUCUUGGGCAGUACCGACAGGGAGAAGAGAUGGCAGAGUGUCAAUUGGCGAUGAUACCAACCAAUUGCCACCGCCCAAUGUGCCGAGCAUUUCGGACCUUACACAUACCUUUGCAUGCAAGGGACUCAGCGCGAAGGACCUUGUAGUUUUAUCAGGUGCUCACACGCUCGGAAUCUCGCAUUGCUCGUCGUUUUCGAAUCGACUCCAGUCUGAUGACACUCUAGACCCUGCAUAUGCUGCCAAGUUGAGAGCGAAGUGCAAGAGUGAUACGACCUUGGUGGAGAUGGAUCCUGGAAGCCGCUCCACCUUCGACACGAGUUACUUCGAGCUGGUGUCCAAGAGAAGAGGACUGUUCGCUUCGGAUGCUGUGCUGCUGCAGGAUCCGCAGACAAGAGCCUACGUCCGAGGUUAUGCGAGUGGAUGCUCUUCAGAGUUCUUCAAGGAUUUCGGCGAAUCGAUGGUGAAGAUGAGUAGCAUUGGGGUGCUCACCGGCACGGAGGGAGAGAUUAGGAAGCUCUGCUCUGCUAGGAACUGAUCGAGCGGGAUCUCCGACCCUUUCGCCAUUAGCGUUCUUAGUUUUCUGCUUGCUUGCUCUUAUCGGUUUUUUAGUAUGGUUAUUGUAAAAA